UUUUUGAUUUAUUUUGGAAAUUAUGGCACUAAAAAGAGUAGUUUGUGCAAUAUCAGGAGGUGUUGACAGGUAUUAUUGUAAAAUUAGUAAUCAAAUUAUUCAUGAAGUUCUUUUAAGUGCAGUUAGUGCAUUUUUGCUCAAGCAACGAGGUUAUGAUGUUAUUGGCGUUCAUAUGAUAAAUUGGGACACACAAGAUGAAAACAAAGAUUCAUGUCCUGGAAAAAAUGAAAUGAUUGAUGCGCGCCGUGUUUGUGAACAUCUUGGUAUUGAGUUUUAUGUAAUGAAUUUUGUAAAGGAAUAUUGGAACAACGUAUUUUUAAAGUUCAUUGACAAUUAUCGUUUGGGCCGAACUAUUGUCCCUGACAAUGAUUGCAAUAAAUUUAUAAAAUUUGAUCUGUUUAUCAAGUCUGUAGAAGAAAAAUUUGGAAUUUCCAAUGUUGCAACAGGGCAUUAUGCACGAACUUCUCUUGGUGCUUUUCAUGAUACUCCAAAUGAGGAAGUUAAAUUAUAUAGAGCAAGAGACCCAUUAAAAGACCAAACUUACUUUUUGUCUUCUUUGACCCAAGAUCAAAUAAAAAAUAUAAUGUUCCCUAUUGGAUCUCUUUAUAAGAGUGAAGUUAAGGAAAUUGCUGAAGCUGCUGGUCUUACUCCUUUUAUCACCAAAACUGAGAGUAUGGGAAUGUGCUUUAUUGGAAAAAAGAAGAAUUUUGAAGAAUUUCUAAUGAAUUAUAUAAGUCCAAUUGAAGGGAGAUUUUGUGAUAUUGAAACUGGUUCUAUAAUUCCAGAUGUAAUACACAGGGGUAUACACAACUUUACUCUCGGGAAAAAAGUUAAUUUCAAUUGUGUCGAGGGCAACAGAAGUUCUUUACAAAAUAUUUCUUCGAGUAAUGCCCUUUAUGUAGCUGGUUGUGAUUUUCAAACACAAACUGUUUAUGUGUGUAAAGGAUAUUCGAAUCCAAAAUUAUAUGCAACAAGGAUAUUGGUUUCUAAAAUAAAUAUGAUUUCUGAUGGUUUUCAAAAAUUUCUACAAAAUCAACAUUCAAGAACUAGAGAUUCUUUAAGAAUUCUUAUUCAGCGAACACAUUCUCCUAUUUUAUGUAAAGUGAACUUUUCGUCAGAAAAACCACUACAAUAUUCUGAUUAUUUGGAGAUUGAGCCUCUCUAUCCAUUGAGAGCCCCUGGACCUGGUCAGGUAAGAUUUCAAGCUUACAGCUAUUUUAUUAUUUUCGAAUCUUUAUUCUUUCAGAUAUGUGUUUUCUAUUUGGGAAAUGAAUGUUUGGGAUGUGCAGAAAUUGAAAGAAUAUUGGAAACACUCAAUUAA